GGCCCAAUGUCAGGUCUUUCUACUUUUUGGUGUCCUUACAUCACUGCCAUUUCUAUCGUUUUUUUCUUCCCUCACCCUUCUUUCCCAUUCAACCUUUUAAACCCAUUUCACUCUCUUCCCUUUUCUUAUCUCUACCUCUCUUUCCCUUUCUUUGUUCUCAAAAGAGGGACUCGUAAUGACGACCCCUCUUUCUUAAUGGAAGAGAUUUAGGAGGGGGUAUUUUCUUUUCUUUUCUUUUCUUUUCUUUUCUUCUUUCUGAUGGAAAUGGAUUGCAGCUCUUUGACUGAGUCAGGUGGGUCAUCUAAUUCCUCACCACCUAAUUCAUCAGCUGAAUCACUCAAUGGCCUCAAAUUUGGGCAGAAAAUUUAUUUUGAAGAUGUGGGUAUUGCAGAGCUUCCCAAAUCAGGUGGGGGAUCUUUCUCAUCUUCAGCUGUAAUUGCAUCAACACCCACCAAGAAACCUAGGGGAGGAGUUGUUCACCCGGCUCAGCCUCCUAGGUGCCAGGUUGAAGGCUGUAGGGUAGAUCUCACUGAUGCUAAAGCUUACUACUCCAGACACAAAGUUUGUACUAUGCACUCCAAAUCCCCUAAAGUCAUUGUUGCUGGCCUUGAGCAAAGGUUUUGCCAACAGUGUAGCAGAUUCCACCAACUUCCUGAAUUUGAUCAAGGAAAACGUAGUUGUCGCAGGCGUUUGGCUGGUCAUAACGAGCGUCGUAGGAAGCCUCCACCUGGGUCACUAUUAUCCCCUCGUUAUGGCCGCUUCUCUUCGUCUAUUUUUGAAAACAGCAACAGAGUUGGAAGCUUUCUAAUGGAUUUUAGUGCAUAUCCAAAGCUAGCAGGAAAAGAUGUCUGGUUGUCAGGUACGAAAGCAUCUGAACGAGUACUGGGAAACCGAAGCAUCGGUUCCAUCGGGAAAUAUGUCCCACAUCCCUGGCAGAGCAACUCUGAGAACAAUCAACCUGAACUUCUCUUGCCAGUUUCCGCAGGUGGAACCAGUUUUUCUGGUCCUGGUAAUCCUUCGGGUGGAGAAUGCAUUAAUUCAGUUACCGACUCAUCUUGUGCUCUCUCUCUUCUGUCAAACGAAUCAUGGGGCUCCAGAAACCGAACGACGACUGUCGAGGUAAAUGCCUUGUUGAAUGCUGAAGGUACACUUGUGGCUCAAACAACAACUCAUGCCGCUACCAAUCAUUUUCCGACCAUGUCGUGGGGUUUCAAGGGGAAUGAAGCUCCCCCUAGCAGCUUUCUGGACCUGACAUCUGAUCUGGGUCUCAAUCACCAAGUUUCACAUGCUCUUACCAGUUCUUUCUCUGGUGAUGUCCAGUUUCCUCAUCUAGCUAGGAGGCCAUAUAUGGAACUUGGGCAUUCGGGUGCCUUCGACUCGACUCAACAUCUGCACUGGUCACUUUGAAGUGAUGCUGACACUUCCAAGUCUUCUAGUUCAAGUGAACUCACUCUCUUUUAUGCUUUGAAUAAUUGGCUUGGCACAUAGAUGUUGAAGUUAUCGUUUUUCCCCUUGAAUUUUUAUUAUGGAACUACCAGGUGCUUUUGUGUUUGCUCUGUGUUUUGUGAACUGCUAUAUGCUAGCAACAAAAGGAACGUUUUGAUUCAGACGUUUUUUUGUUAUUCUAUUUGGAAAAGUACUUUGAUAUCAAUAACUAUUUGGGAUUCAUAGUUUAA